AAAAUAUGUAUAAAACCUAAUUCUACGCAUUAUUUCACACUUAUUGGAAUACAUACCCACAUCGCGUGUUACGUUGCGGCAAGUGAAAUUUUAUUUAUUUCUAUCUCACACAGUGUCUUGUCUUCUGCCAACACAUCCCUAUCGCUGUUAUGUUAAUCCAUACGAUUUAACAUGAAAAUGCUAUAACAAAAAAAAAAUCGAAAAAGAAAUUAGAAGUGAAAACGUUUACCUAACAGCUGCAUAAUUGCUUGAAUAGCGAACAGCAACGAAUGGCAAAUAAAAUGAAAGAGACUAUUUAUGAGAGUGUACCAGCUGAUGGAUUUUACGUGGAUAUGUUGCAACAUCAAAGAGAUUCGAGGCAACCAUAUGCCUGCUGGUGUCACCCAAAACAAGCACAAAUAGGAUGCGUGAAGUGUCAAAGAGCUGCCGCUGUCGCCGCGACCGCUACGACAAUGGCAACAACGACGACGAUGACAACCAGAAUUGCGGUAGGCGGCAUCGAGGGUGAUGAUGAUAAUGAAAAUGAUUCUAAUUCUGAUUCUGAUUGUGAUUCGGACUCCGUUGCGUUAGAUAAUUGUACAGAUAGUGAUGGUGAUGAUGUCAGCUCUGGCAUUAACAGUAAGGCAGUUACAGAAAAUGUUUCUAUCGAUAAUGAAGUGACAACGGUUUUGAAUGGUGCUACUUUUAGUAAAAUUAUGAAAAAUAUUGCAAAUAAAAAUACGAAAAAUAAUAAUGCUAGUGAUUCUUCUAAUAAUUGCAAAGAAAAACUUGCAAACGCUUAUAAUGAUCGCCUAAAUCAUAGUGCUGCUGUUAAUAAAGAUUAUGCGAAAAAUGUUAGUUAUAAUGAAAACUAUAGUAGUAAUAAUAAUAAUAAUAAUAAUAAUGUAGUAAUUAGUGACUGUUGUCCAAAAAUCGCAACUAUAAGUUUAAGCCAAAGUAGUAAUAUAACUGACCGUAGCGUAAAAACCAAAACUAAAGUAGAAGCAAACUCUUCAAUUGCAACAAGCAUACAAAAUGCUGAUGAUGCAUUAAAAAACAGUGAAUCGCUAACAAGUGAUGUACUUGCUUUCGCGCGUGCUCAACUCCUUAGCUUAUGGCUAGCAUUCGUUGCAUUCUGUGAUGCAGUUACUAUUAAACAUGACGAUCCACGUUUCGUCGAGGCUCGUAGGCGACAGGAACAGGAAAACAAAAGAAAAGAACAUGAAAAGAAAAGCGACAUCGGAUCGCAUGCACCGCUAGACAAUGAAAAAGAUGCUUCCAAAACAAAACCGUCUCGGCAUUUUAAGUUGCUGACAAAUCGUAAAUUAAUAUUUCUCUUCAUCGUCUGUGUAUUCUUCUCCUGUUUGCAUCGCAUUGAAGGCCGUCCGAAUAGUUUGGUGCAAGAAAAUUCGAUUGCAGUUGAAUUUAGCGCGACUAUGCCGACACCAGCUGCAGUUAUUGCGGCUACGACUGCAACAGACGCGUCACAGGGCGACAGUGGUGUGACGCCUGCGCGAUUGACGGUUGCAACAAGCGGCAGUGAUGAUAAUAAAAUUGCACUUCAAACUAAUGCCAUAGCACCAGAGCCUACACCAAGUGAAAAACCUAAAGAAGUCGAUACACAUAGACCACCGAUAAUGAUUUCAGCACAUGACGAUGAUGAUCCCUAUGCGCAUAGACCAGAACGUUAUCCGCUCUCCCAAGUGGAUUUUGAUAGAGUGAAAACGCCAUUUAUAAUUGGUAUCUGGAUAUUGUCGGCUAGUAUAGCGAAAAUUGGUUUUCAUAUGACACCAAAAUUACAUCUCAUUUUCCCGGAAUCCUGUUUGCUGAUUGUUGUUGGUGUUAUUAUUGGUUUUGUUCUGUACUUUUGCACUGAUGUCGCCGUCUCGCCACUCACACCAAACACAUUCUUCUUCUACAUGCUACCACCGAUUAUUCUGGAUGCUGGCUACUUCAUGCCAAAUCGUUUAUUCUUCGACAAUUUGGGCACAAUUCUGUUAAUGGCUGUGGUCGGCACUGUUUUCAAUACGGCAACAAUAGGUCUUUCACUUUGGGGUUGCGGUUUGACUGGCAUGUUUGGUCCUGAAGUUCCACGAUUUCUGGACACAUUCCUGUUUGCUGCGUUAAUUUCUGCUGUUGAUCCGGUAGCUGUUUUGGCCGUUUUUGAAGAGAUUCACGUCAAUGAAGUACUAUAUAUUGUUGUAUUUGGUGAAUCACUGUUAAACGAUGCUGUGACGGUCGUUAUGUAUCAUAUGAUGGAAGUAUACAACGAAAUCGGCAUAUCUGAGAUAAUUGCUCAAGAUAUUGCCAGCGGCGUAGGUUCCUUCUUUGUUGUUGCCAUUGGUGGUACUGUCAUUGGCAUAAUUUGGGGCUUCCUAACCGGUCUAGUGACUCGUUUCACCGAUCAUGUGCGUGUCAUUGAACCGAUCUUCAUCUUUGUAAUGGCAUAUUUGGCUUAUCUUAAUGCGGAAAUAUUCCAUAUGAGUGGCAUUUUAGCCAUAACCUUCUGUGGCAUUACAAUGAAAAACUAUGUUGAAGCGAAUAUUUCACAAAAAUCGCAUACAACAAUAAAAUAUGCACUGAAAAUGUUAUCCAGUUCAUCGGAAACAAUUAUAUUCAUGUUCCUCGGUGUGGCAACAGUCAAUAAUAAUCACGUGUGGAACACUGCCUUUGUACUGUUGACUAUUACAUUCUGUUCGGUGUAUCGUGUUUUUGGAGUUGUGAUAUUAUCUGCAUUGGCGAAUCGUUUCCGAUUGCACAAGUUGUCACGUGUCGAUCAAUUUGUUAUGUCCUAUGGCGGUUUACGUGGUGCGGUCGCCUUUGCAUUGGUGCUGUUGGUCGAUGAGCGUAUCGUCAAACAAAAGGAUAUGUAUGUGACAACCACAAUAGCUGUGAUUUAUUUCACUGUUUUCCUGCAAGGCAUAACGAUAAAACCGCUGGUGAAGUUGUUGAAAGUGAAGCGUGCAAGCAAGAAAAAGCCAACAAUGAAUGAACGCAUACAUGAGCGGUUCAUGGACCACUUGAUGGCUGGUAUUGAAGAUAUAAUUGGCAAGACUGGCAACUACAAUGUGCGGGAUAAGUUCAAACGUUUCGACAACCGCUUCAUCAGGCCGCUUGUGAUAAGAGAUUUAAAGGGCGCCGAACCGAAAAUCAUAGAAACCUAUUCGAAACUUACGAUGCGUGAUGCUAUGGAAGUGAUGCGUCGCAAUCCCUCUACCAUCGGACAAAUAACGGCCACCGAAUCGAUGAGUGCUCUCUUCAGAAAUUACACCAGUAAUUGUAUUGGUGGAAGGUGGGCACCACCAACUAUUUACACAACAUGUCCAAGCCUUACGAAUCUGGACAAUAGUUGCUCACGCAAUCUCGAUAUGCAUGAGUUGGAUUAUAAUCCGUCGAAAAAAGAUCUGACAGAUGCAAAAAUACAUCAUCUACUUGCCGAGGAGCUGAAACCGUAUCGAAGGCACCGCCGCCUUAGUUAUAGCCGACACGCAGUAGAUGACAGAGAUUUGUCUACGCAGGUGAAUUACAAAAUGCAAAUGAAUUUCCGACGCAUGUUCAACGAUCGGAAACAUCACAAGCGCAGCAAACGUGCCAGUAGUAAGCAACAAGAUGGUGUUAAACAAAAUCAUGUGUCAUUCCACGACUUCCAACAGAACGGGACAACGAAACAAUUCACGCAUGGUACGCACAAAACGAAACAUCAAUUUCGCAAAAUUCUAAUCAGAAAACAUAAUCACAAUUCACUUAACAAAUAUCGUAGAUUAGAAAUAGAUUAUAUUAAUGAUGUUCUCAAUGAAUCAGGAGAAGAAAAUCUGGCCAAACUGAACGAGGUGACAGUUGUGAGCGGCGAUGAUUGGGAUGAUGGCUUAACAUUUACGGCGAAAUCUUCACCGGACUCGGAUCGUGCCAAUAAUAACUCCCUUAUAGCACACAUACAGAAUUUACCCGGUUUCGAUGCAUCAAAGGCGCGCAUCGUCCAACACUACUCCGCACCGAAAAGUGAAAACGGCAGCCCUGAGAAAUUAUUAACGCCCGAUAUGGGCCCGACAGCGGCCGAAUCGAUAUUGCCAUGGCGACGGGAUCGUUCCUACCAGUGCAUUGUUGCUGAAAAUCCCAUACCUGAGGAAGAUCACAAUAUCUCACGUGAUUCAGAUGGUGAACGCCGUGUGGCAACACCCACCGCCACCGAGUCGCAGCUACCCUGGAAGCGACAGGGUGAUGAGUUGUCAGAUGCUGUGCAACAAAACGAGUUUCCCGCCUGGGCUUCAAAUAAGGAGUAUCUGGCAUACAACUCACCCAGUGCCACAUUUUUAGGUGGUAUCAAUAAACCUAAACAGCCCAAGUCUGUCAUAGGUUUAUUCCGGCGUGAGAGUUGCGGUUCGAAGGGUGGCAGCAGCCUAUUUGAUCCCUUAGACAGUCUUGGUUCAGCACGUGGCUCUGAUCCCACACUGGCGAACGCUUUGAUUAGUGGUUUGCCAAUGAUGCCAUUGAUACAGCCGCCACAUUCAAAUCCCCGCCUUGAUAAGCGUUCGCAAUCGAUUUCAGUUGCCUCAUCAGGCGGCAACAACAGCAUCGGCGUAAAUAUUGGUGACAUGGCUCAUGCUGGCCCCUUCCCGGUUACGGCCAGCCAUCGACGCAAUGUACGCCGCGGCUCAAUGUUGGAGUUAAGUGGACUUAUUGUGACUGGACGCAGACCCAGUAAAGUUUUUCAAUUUAAUUCAACAUUCAAAGACAUAGCAACUGCAUAUCCUACCACAACUAAUACUAGUAAUAGUAAUACUACUGCAACAACACCAACUAAUAAAACUACUAUUAGUACUCCUACUACUACUACUACUACUACUACUACUACUAAUUCCACUAUAACGAAUACAACUCCAACUACUGGAACAAUUAAUACGACUAGCACAGCGACUACACCAAUAAGUAAUUGUACUAUUUCCAGUUUAGUUAAUAAAAGUAUCGAUAACGCUACUGCUACCACAACAACAACAACAACAACAACAACAACAACAACAAAAACUACAACCACUACAUUUACAACUAUAACAACUGCUACUACUACUGCUACUAAUAACUCUUCCUCCACAAAGGAUAAUGUUACUACUACUCCAACAACAGCUACCUAUUUUGCUACAACAACAACCUCUUCAAAUGCUACCACACCUAAUUCAACAACAACAACAUUUGACAAUAGUGAUAGUAUGUAGCUGCUAACUGGUUGCUAACAUGCGCUUGAGUAAAAUUUACAAUAUAUUUGUGUACAUACAUAUGUAUAGUAGUAUUUAUGUACCUUAAAAAUUUAUAUAAUGAGAAAGCAAUAAGAAGUUUCUUUAACUUCCGGUCGUAACUGUUAAGAUCGCCAGCAUUUGUGUUUUAGAUAAAAGCUUGAGUAACACAUAUUUAUACAUACAAAUUGCAUACAUAUUAG